AUGACUACCAGGGGACCCCCCAACGCGCGAGGCAUGAACACCCGCUUUGCGCAAUUUAAGUUGGUGCUCCUAGGCGAGUCUGCAGUCGGCAAGAGCUCAAUAGUUUUGCGGUUCGUCAAGGAUCAAUUCGACUCGUUUCGGGAAUCCACUAUCGGUGCCGCUUUCCUCACUCAGACCAUCUCCCUCGAUGAGAACACCACCGUGAAGUUCGAGAUAUGGGAUACCGCCGGCCAGGAGCGAUACAAGUCGCUUGCUCCUAUGUACUACCGAAAUGCCAACUGCGCCGUGGUCGUUUAUGACAUCACACAAGCUGCGUCUCUAGAUAAGGCCAAGUCCUGGGUUAGGGAGCUCCAGAGGCAAGCGAACGAAAACAUCAUCAUCGCCCUCGCCGGAAACAAGUUGGACCUGGUCACCGAGCAACCUGAUAAGCGAGCGGUUCCGACGGCUGAUGCAGAGGCCUACGCCCGAGAAGCCGGACUCCUCUUCUUCGAGACUUCAGCGAAGACGGCUGAAAAUGUGCGCGAGCUCUUCACCGCGAUAGCGAAGAGGCUUCCUCUGGAUCAGGCCGGUCCUAGGCACGCCCGACCUGGUCCUGGACGAGCUGGAGUCAACCUCACCCCCGAGAACCAGAACACCAACGUCAGCGGGCCCUGCAGCUGCUAA